CCUCACACGGGGAUACUGAAGUUGCUUAGAUACCGCGAGACUCGGCGACCGAGCGACUCGUCAUGUAGAUAGGCAUGGCGUCACUCAGACGGCGAUACUGGAGUGGCGGAGACUGGAAGUCGUAAGCAACGUAAAUCCCGGCGACUCAGCAUGCUGGUCUCCACGCUACUCCAGUAGCCUACGCGGCGCGAUACUGUAUUGUAGCGAACAAUGGGCGAGCAGGCGUUUAAUAUCAAAUUUGUAAACGAAGUUGAGAAACACCCAGAACUCUAUAACUACAAGUUGAAAGGGUAUUCAAAAAAGGAUGUGACUGACAAAGCAUGGAAUGAUGUCGCAAAAGAAGUGCAACUCACAGUUAACGAAUGCAAAGAAAAAUGGAAAAAUCUCCGUUCAGUUUUUGUCCGUCACAUAAAGCCACCUCCAAGUGGUUCAAGUUCCAAAAAUAAGAAACCAUAUUAUCUAUCGGAGGCAAUGAAAUUUACCCUACCAUUCAUAAAAACGCUUGGUACACCAUCGGGGAAUUUGCCAGAAGUCAUCAAUGAACAAAACCUGGAACACAGUUCAUCUGACCCAACACAAAAUACGGAAGACGUUGCGGCUGAAGAGGAGGAAUAUAUCUCAGAUAACGCAAUACUAACUACAACACCACAACUUUCCCUUCCUUCACCUAUGCUGCCAAAUACUGACUUCUCGCAAGAACAUGCUCAUCAUUCCCAACAAAUGACUCAUGAUCCCUUUUCCAACCCAAAAGAUAAUUUAUCAAAGCGUAAAAAGCAAACAGUGACGGAAGUGGACAAGUCCUUUAUGGAAUACAUGAAUGCAAAGAAAAGGAAACUUGAAUCGAAUUCAAACGAUGAUAGGCAAGUAAAAAAGUCGUUUCUUCUAAGCCUUUUACCAGAAAUCGAACCUUUGACAGAUGCACAAAUGAAAUCAUUCCGACGUAGGGUUCUGCAGCUUAUUGAUGACAUCACGAAUCCAAAAGACAUGCACCAACACGUACCAGCUUACCAACAGACCCCAACUUACUCCUACAGUGUUUCCACGCAUUCAUCGUUGGCUACAGAUAAUGCUUCAAUUUGUUCGUCGCCUGGAAAUCAAACUAUUCCACAGAAAGUACAAGAUACUGAAACGCAACAGUAUUUUGAAGUCAUCCAAGAGACUUUACAAUAUGAUCAGGAACAUAAUGUGAUGUGAUGUUUUGUUGGGUGUGUAAACAUAUAACUUUGGUGUACGUGUUUUUAUCUCUAUUAUGUUGUUUAUUUUUGUGUUUACAGUCAUGAUUUGAAUGUUUGUGUAAUGGGUAUUCUUUAAAUAGUUUAUAUAUAUACAUUUUUUCUUUUGCAGUACAUUAUUUGAAUGUGUAUUUCUUAGGUAUAUUUGAAAUAAACAUUGGAAUGAAUUUAUGCAUAAGAUAUGUUUAUACUUUCACCUUUCAGUUGACUGGAAUACUUGGGUAUAAAUAACUUUAGAUUAUUUAACCUGUUAACGUUAAAGUGCACAUUCUUAAGAUCCAUACAACAGCCAUUUUCCACAGAUAAAAUAAGUAAUUGCGGCCUCAAGUUAAAAUGCAUACAUUGUUUUUAUUCGCCAAGCAUCAGUAUAUACGUUAAAAUACUUGGAAAGAAAUAGAUUUGUGUUGAAGGGAAACAUUUAGAAGUGCCUUAACAAAAAUUCGUAAUAAUUUGUAUUUCUUAACUUACUUACCUCAAAGUUAUCAGCAAUCGUUCACCGGGGCUCACGCAUUCCCUCAUAGUGGUAUCCCUAUAAUACAUCGCAGGUGUAACAAUUUCCGUUAACAUUUGGUAAGUCUCCUUCGUCAUUCUGUAGAAAGCGAUGAAUUUUGAGUCUGUCUCUUGCAAUUCUUUGGCCGCGACAAAUA